CCGCGGCCGCCGGAAGGGGAAGUUUCGCUUCGGAACGCUGUCUCGCUCGUCCGAAUUCGGUGGCGCCACGUCCGCCGUCAGCGCCUUCCGUACCUCGGCUCCCGCGGCUUCCGCCUCGACACCUUCCACUCGCGAGCCCGGCUGCGUCGUGAGGGCGGCUCAGACACUCGGGCGGCUGUGCGCAUCCUGGCGACUGAGAGGCGAAGAUGUCGGACAUCGGGGACUGGUUCAGGAGCAUCCCGGCCAUCACGCGCUACUGGUUCGCCGCCAGCAUCGCGGUCCCGUUGGUCGGCAAACUCGGCCUCAUCAGCCCGGCUUAUUUGUUCCUGUGGCCCGAAGCCUUCCUCUAUCGCUUCCAGAUUUGGAGGCCAAUCACUGCCACCUUUUAUUUCCCUGUGGGUCCAGGAACUGGAUUUCUUUAUUUGGUCAAUUUAUAUUUCUUAUAUCAGUAUUCUACACGACUUGAAGCAGGAGCUUUUGAUGGGAGGCCAGCAGACUAUUUAUUCAUGCUUCUCUUUAACUGGAUUUGCAUCGUGAUUACUGGCUUGGCAAUGGACAUGCAGUUGCUGAUGAUUCCUCUCAUCAUGUCAGUACUUUAUGUCUGGGCCCAGCUGAACAGAGACAUGAUUGUGUCAUUUUGGUUUGGAACACGAUUUAAGGCCUGUUAUUUACCUUGGGUUAUCCUUGGAUUCAACUAUAUCAUAGGAGGCUCGGUGAUCAAUGAGUUAAUUGGAAAUCUUGUCGGACAUCUUUAUUUCUUCCUAAUGUUCAGAUACCCAAUGGACUUGGGAGGAAGAAAUUUUUUAUCGACACCUCAGUUUUUGUACCGCUGGCUGCCCAGCCGGAGAGGAGGGGUGUCGGGGUUCGGUGUACCCCCUGCUAGCAUGAGACGAGCCGCCGACCAGAAUGGCGGAGGUGGGAGACACAACUGGGGCCAGGGCUUUCGACUUGGAGACCAGUGACCGAGUUCCUCUGGGCUGCCCACCAGCUGUCGCGCUCAGCGCCAUCUCCUGCCAGUGCUGGGUGUGCUUCACGGCCAAGUCCUAGCCAGCACUGUUGGACCUGACCCACACCGAAUGUAGUCUUUCAGUGUGAGACAAAAGGUUUUAAAUCUUAAAGGAAAAUACAAGUGUUCCUCAAGUUUCAUGAUUCUCACUGAAGUCCUUACUGCUAUGAAGAACAAAUAUCAAGAGUGCAAAUUGCAAAACUGACUCUAUUUUGGUGUUUUCACUUCUUCCCUUUCCACCUGAAAAGUGGGUGUUAGCAGGUGCUGAUCUGCGGCACCGAGCUGGGCAUCUGGGGUUGGGUUACCAAACCCUGGCGAAGGAUCUUCUGUCUUCCUUCACAUGCACCUCCCUCCCACUUUCCCAGCCCCGAAGUUGCCGCCUGAGGGGCUGCUCACGAAAUGAUUCCGCCUUUGACAAACGUAUUUAUUGGCUUUGCCAAGGCUUGGUCGCAAAGAACCUGUUCAUGCAACUGUUUUCCCCCUCAGUGGCAGAACUGUAAUAGGGGAGAAGACAGCAGUGGACGAAGAGCUUUCUCAGCUUUUGGAAUUGUGUCAGCCCAACAGCAGUUACCGCCGUUGUCUCCUCUUCAGAUGUUUUUAUAGAAAGGUGUUGAGUCCGUGAGGGCCUAGAGUGGUAUUAAUGAGGAUUGUUGCUAGGUGCUGUUUUCCUGAGCCGAGUGAUAGGGACUAGUGGUGUUGCUUCUACCACAGGGUUAGGUUUUGUCCCUUUGUGUUUCCCAUGUAGGGCACAUUGGCCUCCUAUACUCAGAGUAGUCACGUUGGGUUGUGUCAGGAGGUUCCGGGCGCACGAGCCACAGAGUGCCGCUCCCCAGAGAGGCUCCCAACUCUCAUUCUGCAUGUGUGCUUGCUGCAGAGGGGAGGGAGGGUCUCAGACCCUAUUUAAGUUGUCAUUUUUCUUUUGCCCCUGCCCUUUUUUGGUCAGGUGUUUCAGGCAAUUGUGAGAAAAGUGCAGCUCUUUUGUAGGUGGAUCAUUUUUAAAGCUAAUAUAAGCACAUCUGAGUGAUUGGCACAUAAUUUUGGAUUAUAAGGGCUUUAGAAUCAUUUGUGUUUAAAAGUUUUUAUUAUUUUGAGUCAUGAAUGUACAUGUGUUGUGAAUCAGAGCAGCUUGGAUACCCAGAAUACUAUUUCAUAGGUGGGCUUUCCCCAUCAGAGCUUGGCUCAUCAGCAAAUAAAGUUUUUUAAAGGCUA